AUGGCACCAAAGGCACAAGGAGACGAUAAUGAAAAUGGUGGCUCAGACAAUAGCACAAACGGUGGCGCGGGUGGUGGUGACCAAAAUGGCAGUGGAGGUAAUAACACAGGUGGUGGUGACCAAAAUGGCGAUGGAGGAAGUGAUUCUCAAAAGGAAACAACCACUUCAGCAUCCAACAUCAUUACUCCUAUCUUCACUGCUUCAGCUCUUUCCUUCUUAUUUACUUUGGCUUUGAAAUUCUAA